AUGGUCCACUCACUAGGUUUGAACGAGCUCUUUUGUUUCAUCUGUGGCGUCUCCUUUGAGAUCAACCGCAUCAGGACCAAAGAUGAGCCAUUGGACUCUGCUUCGGGACCGCCUACACACUUCGAGAAUCAGGAACUUACUUGGUGUGGCGGCCUUGGAGGGUCUUGGGGCGAGUGCCGGCAAGAUGGCUGUCGCUUGGUGUAUCGAGGUCCGACCAAGUAUGUCUGGCGGGACGAGUACAACAGCCAAAAUGUCUACGACUCGGACUCAGAUGACAGCACGUAUAAGUACUCGAGCGAUGUGGUUGACGAUCCGCUGGAGUAUGAUUCAGCCGCGGAAGGCAGUGCCGAGGAUGAUGAGCCUUCUCCGUCUCAAGAUGUGGAAAUGCAGGACGCCGAUGAUUCCCCACAGGAGACGUUGGGCGAUGACAAGCCCUGGACGUUUUCAGUCUGGGGCCCAGAACCCAGCGGCCAGCUCUGGCCCCUCUCAAAGGCUGAUGAGAUCCCAGAGGGGCCCGAGCACUGGAUCAAGUAUGCUCGACAGUGGGAAUACGAGCAUAUUGCUGGGCCUGAUUGUACCAACGCAGCGGGAUACCAUGGAGACCGGGUGUCGGCACUCGAGAUGAGCGGCUGCACCGCCAUUCAGUGUCUCGUUGCGAAGAAGCCCUAUUGGGAAGCUCGAGACGACGAUGAAGACUUUGAGAGGCACUCACGCUGGCACCUGACUGGCCUUUCAAAUCAUGUGUGGCGUGAGACAGAACUCCGCUUUACUCCUAAUCGGCAUGGCGCUGUGAAGGUGACCGCAAGCCACUAUUAUGACCUACCUCAGGAGGAUGAGCUUGAUGCCGAGUUUGGCAUCGCAUUUCAUCCAACGUGCUUCGAACUGUUCAAGAUUGAGAGCCUUCGAGUCUUCGGGCGCGUCGACGUCGACUCUUUGGUCCGGCUGCGCAUGUCCCACCGCGGCGUUUCCUUCCCCGAAGACGACUUCGUAGACCGGCAUAGAGAUGCGAUUGAAGGUAGAAUUGACCGCGAUUGGAAGCACUAUGUCGGUCGCGAGUACCUGGCUUGCAAUCCCAUCUUCGUCCCCGGUCUGAGGCAGCUCUGCGAGGAGGCGGUAUCCAGAGACGAGGCAUUCCAUCCGCAGCAGAGCGCCUUCGGAUUUCGACAGCCAACACCGUAUCGCGGUUCGUCCCACGAUCCCUUUCUGAGACUACCCACCGACAUCAUAUACCUGCUUUUGCCGCUGUUGUCGAACAAGGAUAUCGCUUCUCUGCGUCUUUCGUCGCGUGCAUUCGAGCACCUGCCGAUAUCUCUGUGGUUCAAGCUGCUGAAGCGAGAUUAUCCUUGUCUCUUCGAGGCGUGGUCCGAACAUGCAAAGCCUUCCAAAUGGGCGUAUCUUAACCCAGCGCAGCUGAUCCAAGAGGCCAGAGCAGAAAAGGAGUUCAAGGCCGAAUAUCAUUUCCGGCGGAAUGUGAUUAAGGAAUACUACCCAGAGGUGCUGCCCGCGUGGGACGCAAAUGAGGUCAAAGAUCCGCCGAGCACAUAUCACGACCUCAUUCACCAGACCGCCCGAGAGAGGGAAGCCAUGGAACCCAUCUCUCUACCAUACCAUUCCACGAAUUGGUAUCAGCUCUACUGCAGCAUCAGAGCGAACUGGGGGAGCCUCAAGGGUCUGCAGAAUCGUGCAAGGAUAUAUGCGGAUGUGAUGCAGAUUGUGGACGAGAUGAAAUCGCAUCGUGAUUGA